GAAGCGCUUUCCUAUGGAGCUGAUGCCCUGAUACUAUGGGUUUCAAGUGUUGAUUAUACAAGUGAUGUCAUGGCUGGGCCUCAAGUCCUCCGUCAAAUGUCAGGCAUAUAUAGGAUGGCUGAUUAUGCUGUUUCUUAUGAUGAUCUUCCCACUAUUGAUCAGCAAAUGCACUGCUGA